UUUCCAACAACAACGCAAACACAUCCAAUAUCACUUGGAUCAUCAAGCACUGAAUUUGCAACCAAUGUCCCUCAACGAUCGACACGAGUUUCCUCAGUAACUGUGUCUCCUGCUGUAUCCCACCUUACAUCCUCAUCAUUUUCAUUGGUUUCCGAAUCUUCAUCAGAAAUGUAUUCACUAUCUACCAAAGCAUCAAGGACAACUGCAGCGUCAUCAGAACCCCAUUCAACAACUGAAGUAGCAUCGUCAAGAAACGUACCAUUGAGAACUGUAACCACUGCAACUAAAAUUCUUCCCAGCAGUUCUGCCUAUUCUUCUUUGCCAGUUUCCUCACAUCCAAAACCCACAAUAUCUACCUUGGGUCCCGUGGAUGACUAUUGCAGCAAAUGCCACUGUUUAAAUGGAGGAAGUUGUAAUUCUAGUGCUACAACGAAAGAUCACUGUGUGUGCCAAUGUCCAAGUGUUACUUACGGAUCUCUCUGUCAAUAUGGAUAUAACCACACCAUUGCUAUACCUAAUCCAAGGACACCAAAAAGGAUAGUCACUCUCACACUCUGGUUAAAUGGCACCUGGAACAAAACGUUGGAAGACCCUUCAGGCGUGGAAUAUGGCAUUUUCCUUCAGAAAUUAAUUAAAGAGCUGACCCCACUAUACAAAAAGGCCUCACCAGAGAACUUUUACAAAGUGACAAUUACUGAACUCCGGAAAGGAAGCAUUAUCGCAAAGAGCAAUGGACUCUAUAACUACACCAACAAUCAGACUGAAAUAAACUAUUUAAACAAACAUUUAGCAAAAUCACUACUUGUUAUUUUUAAUAAUACAGCUACUCUGAAAAACCUCAGUGAUCAGUUGGGUGUUGGCAACAUGGCAAUCACUCAUGUUGAUACUCCAGUUCCAUUAGUUAAAAGUAUCAGAGACUUGAAUUUUACAUGUGAGAUCCAUUUUCACGAUUACACAGCCAGCUGCAGCAAUGGGAAUUAUUGUGUUUGUGAAGGACCCUGCAAAAGAUACCUUGACUUCUGUCACAGGAGAGGAAAGUGUUUUAAUCAGGUUAAUGGCCCCACGUGUGAAUGUUUUCACAACACAUUUUACCAAUAUAUGGGGAAAAACUGUGAAAUGUCCAUAAGGAGCUCAGGAUUCUAUGGUGUGCUGUUUGGUGUGUUAGCAGGUGCUCUGCUUCUCCUAAUAGUCAUCAUCACUGUCAUUGUAUACUGUCGGAGAAAUAGAAACAGGCAUUUAGACCCUGGCACUCCACGCAAGUGGUACUCAAUCGAUGAAGAGUAUUUCAGGUUUCCACAAACAGAUAUUAUUACAGGGACCUCGGCACCAAAUACUGGCAAAGUACUAGGGAGGAGAAGAGGAAGAUACAGCCUGGACAAGAAUCCUCCAUUCAAUGAUUUUGGGUCUGGUGUCUGGAGACCAAACUUAGACAAAGUGGACACAGAGGCUGAGAUACGAGCCAAGCGCCCAAAAGUGGUUAUGCCAGAUGAACAGUGACAAUUGACGCCAAUGUUCGGACGUCACAGCCCACAAUAGUUUAGAAAACUUUGUUCAACAUAUAUCAAUUAAAGGUAUUCUAGAAACAUAGUUAAAAACUUAAUUUUUCAGAAAUACUUUUACUUUGUUCCAAGGACAUUUGUGACAAAUAGGAAAGAUUCUUCUCCUUGGGAACCUUCUAAAAUUUAAUUUUUU